UUGUUUUUUUCUCUCCUCGCGGUCGGUCGGUUUUUAAUAGCAUUCUGCCUUAAAGUCCAUCGCCAGCCGGCUUAACAACAGUCUUAUCAAUGAAUUAGUCUAAAUACCUCAGCUCAGCCAAUUAAGGAAGCACAAAGUCGAACACAAGCUAUUUGAAACAUGGAAAACAAACAAAAAAACUGGCUGCAAUCUCUGCUUCUUGUCGCACUCUUUCUUGGAAGUUUCGACCAGGGAAGAGCGGCUUUAAUCCCUCCGAACAGCCAGCAAAUCUUCAAGCUGCAAAAUCAAGUAAUUCUCGAAGAACUGACGGCAGGUUCAAGUGCCAAGGAGACGAGUUAUACAUUUGAGACUGACCUUAAAAUCAGUUCGGUCUGGAGUCGGGAUGAAGAUCAGCUACUGGAGGUCUUUAUCAGCGGAAGUCGGGUUGAUGCCUCUGGAAAAUCCCGACCUAUUACCCAGAUACCCGACAGACCUUUUUACAUCAGUCUGGUUAAGGGACAGCCUGAAAAGGUUAUAGCCCAUAGUUCAAAAGAUCAAUCCGUGUUAAAUUUGAAGCGCGGAAUAGCUUCCCUGCUGCAGUUGAGGUUGGAUGGCUCCCAGGAGGAAGAAUUGGAUGUUUCUGGCCUGUGUCGAGUUUCCUACAAAGUGAAAUCCUCAACGAAGGUGGAGAAAAGCAAAAGACACUGUUCUCUCUGGGAUCUCCGGGUGAACUAUCACCCAGAGGAAGCACUAGGCAUUACUCAGCAAGCCCAGGAGCAGGUCUCCUACGAACUGACUUCGGAGGGAACUCUUUUGAAGGCAGAGUCCAUGGAGAGUCACCGCCUAAGCCUAGCAGCCAAACCGGAUGUGGGAAGCUCUGUGAAGAGUACUCUAAUCCUGCAACACAUCUCCCAGGGAUCGGAGGAAGUGAAGCAGCUGGAACUGGACAGCUUGGAGGAGGUCAUCCAGAGCCUGCUAGACUGGAAUCGCGUCUUUAAGCUGGAAUCCGAUGUAGAUGGCAUGAUCAGCGAGAUCAAGGAGCAAACUCUUGAGGAACAACUGAAGGCUUCUGUGGAGGAACUGCAAUCCGAGAACGUGGGCAAAUCCUCGCUGGCUCUGGCCUACGUCAAACUAAUCCCCUUGGCCCGCAUCACUAGACAAGAACACUUCGUAGAUCUGCUCAAUGAGCACUCACAACUCCUGCCCCAGCUGGUGGAUCUUUUGGGUGCUGUUCAAACCUUCGACGCUCAUAAUGCCACCUUUGGAUUCCUUUACAAAGAGGCGGAAACUACAAACGAGCAAUUGGAACUGCUGGAGAAAUACUUGCAGUCCCUGGCGGUGGCCACGCAUCCGGAUAGGAAAAUAGUUGAACACCUGUACGGAUUACUAGAGUGGGAGUCUAUACAGAAGCAGUUGAAGCUGAGAGAGAGCAUUAUCCAAACUUUGGCCACCCUAACGCGUCAAAGUCGAUUCGAUGUGGAAGAUCCAUUGCUGCAGCAGGUGCGAACCUAUAUCCUGCAAGGUCUCUCCUCCAAGGAGCCCACUUUGUAUAUCAGGGCUCUGCAGAAUCUCCAGGAUCCCGGCACUAUUGAUUCCCUGCUGGAGCAGGCUCAAAGUGACGAGGAGCAUAAUUUAUCGGUGGCUGCUUUGCAGGCCCUAAAAGCUUUUCCUCCGCGCAGUUUUAGUCCCUCGCACCGCCAGCAGUUUGAAAGUAUUUUCUACCAGCAAAAGCGGCGCUUUGAUAGCUCUGCUCGCACUCUGGCUUUGGAUAUUAUCCUGUCGCUCAGGCCAAGCCAGGAGCAAUUGGGUCACCUGUUGGACUACCUGGCCUCUAAUGAUCGCCAAUUUGAGAUUAAAACCUAUGUGCUGCAAAAGCUGCGAAUGCUUGCUGAACAGUGUCCGCGUUUCAGGGCUUUGUUUGAAAAAGAGCUGGCUAAAAGGAAACAGGUUAACAACUACAAUGUGCUGGGACAAAAGGGUCUGACGACAGUCCUGACCCGCCAGCUUUCUGUGGCUCCUGCCUUCAACGAAUCUCUACUAAGUACCCAGGAGGUAUACCAGGGAAUCCUGAAGCGUGGCUCUGUGGAAUUCCUGCUCCACGCUGGACGCUCCCAAUCCAGCAGCUUCAAAUUGGGCAUCUACACUGCCGGUUUGGGUUCGCUGGUGGGCGAUAGUGACUCCGAUGAUGGAAAUGACCAAAUCCCGGCUGAUGAUGAACUGGGUGGCGAGGAAACGGUCACCGCCGGCAUGGAGAUUAGUGUGCAGGGCGCCCAGCUGCGACCCCUGAUCUUUUUCAGCGGUCAGACGGAGUUAAUGGGUCACGUGUGGGGAGGAAGUGCCUCAGAUUCGACGCCCGCCUACCAGGCAACCACCUUGGCCCAGGACAACGAGCACUACAUAAUCCUGGCAUCGGGAGCCACUCUUCAUUGGCGAGUGCUGGGCGCCAGGAGUGUGGAUCUCAAUGGCAAGGUGGGAUUCAGCCUGUGGAAUCGAAAUGCUCAGACGGAGAUUCAGCAAAACACUGGUAGCGCUGUCCUUGGUCAUGUGGCUGUUGGUUUCACCUAUGCGAAAUUAGUGCAGGAUUUCAGCCUCACUCACGAACCGAAGUUGAGUCUGAAUGCGGAUCUGGACUUCUACAGUGGCAUUAAGCUCUGCAUGCAACUUCAGCGACCUGAACAGCUGCUCAAACAAACCUCCAGUCGUUCUGUUUUCCUACAGUCCGUGGAUCGACCUUAUGCCAAACAUGUGCGUGCCACAUUGUCGCACAAAACUGCGGGCUGCACUUUCGCCCUCAAUCAGAAAAACAACGAAAUGUGCAACGUCAUAUUUAGCGAGCAAUAGAGAUUAUUGGAGAUUCCUCUUACAAAAAGAGAUAAACACUUGAAACUGUAAUGCUAUAUUAAAAACUCAGAGAUUAAGACUCAUUAUAGUUAUAAACGAAAACGAACAAAGGCAAUCAAAUUUUCAAAAA